UGCAAAAGUGGGCGUGGUGCCACUAGGAUUCACAGCAACAUCAUACAAAGCAAAGAUAUGACAGAUCUCGAUCAAGAAGAAGAUGGGAAGGUCUUCAGUGAGUCUGACUGUGACUCAGAUGCUGUCCUCAUCCCUGACCACCAUGACAGCUCUCCAAGGCUCUGCCCCUGUCUCAGAGGCCAGUACACACCACACACCAACCAUGCCUCUAGUGAUCUACCUAGUGAUCGAUGCAACCUCCUCUACCUGUGCUUCUUUCUGGCAGGGGCUGGAUUUCUGUUCCCCUUUAAUAGUUUUGUGGCAGCCAUUGACUAUUUCUACUGUCUCUACAAAGCUCAGUUUUCAGCCAUCUCUGAGAUAAUCCCCAUGACGUAUCUAGUGACAACACUGCUGAUGUCCACGCUAAACCUGUUAUUGGUGGAAAAACUAUCCAUCUGUUUCAGGAUAAUGUUUGGUUACGUCGUCUUCUCCAUAGCACUCUUCUUUGUGCCAAUGCUGGAUAUUGGUAUACAUAACGGGACAGUGAGUAUUGAAGCGUCGUUUUAUCUCACUCUUGGAGCUGUGCUUGUGGUCGGGCUGGGAUCAGGAUUCCAACAGUCAUCCUACUACGGCCUGUCCAGCAUGCUCCCCCCUCGCUACUCACAGGCACUACUAGCUGGAGAAAGUGUGGCCGGUUUUAUAGUCGCCAUCAACCGAAUAUUCACUAAACUUGUCUUCUCUGAGAGAGUGGGUGCCAUUGUGUUCUUUGUAGUAUCGUUGCUCUUUGUGAUAAUGUGCAUUGGUUGCUAUGUGUUUAUCGUGAGGAGCCCUUUUGUCAAGUACCACAUGCGGAGAUGCAGGGGAGCAGAUGACCAGGAAAUGAGGGAAAGCCCCUCUUCUGGAGGCAGCAAAGGGGACGCAGAGGAAGAAGAACUUGUCGAAAGGCAGGAUAAUAAUCAUAUCAUCCAGUCAUCAGAGAGUCAACAGCUGUCACUGAAACAGAAAAUAGUUGGUGCUGUUCGUGUUCGUUUGUUGGUUGUCUCUCAGAUAUGGCGGCUAAUGGUGACCAUCUUCACAACUUACCUCAUCACAUUGUUCAUCUUCCCCGGUCUAAUCUCAGAAAUUCGAUACGACGUCAUUGGAGAUUGGACCCCAGUCAUUCUAAUAGCACUCUUCAACUGUGCUGACUUUGCUGCUAAAUGGGCUGCCCUUAUCAAGAUUCGCUGGACCUCCACUAAAUUAAUGCUGACUGGUUUUUUAAGAGUAUUGCUCAUUCCGUUUGCCAUAAUGUGUGUUUCCCCCUCUCCCUGUGACCCGGUUUUGAGUGUAGGGAUUAUGGGAUGGGCUGUUGUGCUCACCGUGGUUCUGGGACUGAGUAAUGGCUACUUUGGGAGUCUUCCAAUGAUCAAUGUCUCUAUGGAGGUCAAGAAGGAGGAGCACAGAGAGAUGGCAGGUGCCAUCAUGAUAUGGACUCUACUGUUUGGGCUGAGCUCUGGGGCCGUGUUGGCCUAUGCAGUCACUCCACUCACCACUCUGGACCAAAGCUGUACCCUCAACAACACUUGUGCUACCCAACUGAACUUUACUGCAACAUUCAGAUAGCACAAAUUAAUUAAAAUCGUUUUUUAUAAUAAUGCUUUUUCUACAAGCUAUAAAAAAAAUUAUUGUUCAUGUCAAAAUUAAAAUUAUAAAGUGAGUGCUUUAAUUGAAUUAGUGUGCAAGCUUUUAUUCAGUCAUCAACAUCAAUUUCUUCUUUGA